AAAUCCAAAUAAAAUACAGUGCUUCAAGUCCAAGCAAGAACGCAAUCAAAUCGACAACGAGUUGCCCAUGUGGAAUUUCAAAAUCACGGCACACACAGCCCUUUAGCUUGUUUAUUACUAGUAUUAGUCUUUGGCACAGUAUCGUUUUCCUUUCCCUGUUCCCCUCCUUCGACGAGCCAAGCCAUCAAACAUCAAACGCUGGGCAAUCUGAAGGCGCCGCCGCCUCUUGGUCACCAAGCAACCAAUAAUGCCGACGGUCAACGUCGUCGAGGUCGCCCGCGUCGCCCCGUCGGCGCCGCAGCCGGAGGAUGGACCAGAAGGCUCGCUGCUGCUCGGCCUGUCCGCGCUGGAGGUGCCGUGGAUCGCGCUCCCGCUGAUCCAGCGCGUGCUCAUCUUCGUCGACAACGCCGACGCCGACGGCGGCGUCCAGCAGCUCCCGCCGUUCGCGUCCAUGGUGGCCUCCCUCCGCGCGUCCCUCGCCGCCACGCUCGCGCGGUUCCCCCCGCUCGCCGGCAGGAUCGUGCACCUGCCGUCCACCGCCGACGCCGCCAUCGACUGCUCUGCCUCCGACGGAGUCCGGUUCAUGGUCGCGGAGAGCGAGGACGCGGACGCGGCGAGGCUGGUGGGCGAAGCGGACCACGACGUGGGCGCGUUCAGGGAGCUCGUCCCGGAGCUGGAGACGGGCGCGCUCCCGGCGGAGGUGCUCGCCGUGCAGGUGACGCGGCUCAACGGCGGCGCCGCGGUCGGCGUGGCGAUGCACCACGCCGUGGUCGACGGCCGGUCCGUGUGGAGGUUCCUCGCGGCCUGGGCGGCGGCGUGCCGCGGGGACGGGGAUGACGCCGUGGCACCGGCGUUCGAGCGCGCGGUGGUCGCGGUCCCCGGCGGCGAGGAGCUCGUGAGGAGCACGCUCCGCAAGUACUCGCCCAAUCUGCCGCUGACCACAAUGAUAAUCCCCGGAAGCGGCCCGACCCUGCCCCGCCGGACAUUCACCGUCACCGCACAACACAUCCACCGCCUGAAGCAGCGCAUCACCGACGACCUCACGAGCUCACCCACACCGUACUCCAGCUUCGUGGCCCUGGCGGCGCUCACCUGGGUGUCCUUCGUCCGGUCCAAGCACCCGUCAGCAAUCUCCUCCUCCUCCUCCUCCGUCUACCUCUUCUUCUUCGUCGACUGCCGCGGGCGGCCCGGGAUCGAGCCGCCGGUCCCGGAGAGCUACUUCGGGACCUGCAUCUCGGGCGCGCUCGCCAAGGCCACCGCGCGGGACCUCCUGGCCGAGGACGGGCUGGCGUUCGCCGCGGCGGCGGUGCAGGCGGAGGUCCGGCGGGCGGCGGAGGACCCGCUGGCGCUGUGGGACUGGAUGGAGCUGCUGCACUGGAUGCCGCUGGACCGGCUGGUCAACGUGUCCGGGUCCGCGCGGUUCCCGGCCUACGAGGCGGCUGAUUUCGGCUGGGGCCCGCCUGGCAGGACGGAGCUUGUUACGAUGAACGCCGGCGGGCAGCUGGUGCUCGUCGCCGCCAAGGGCGGUGCCGGCGCCGUGCAGGCCUCCGUGUGCAUGGAAGCGGAACACAUGGACUGCUUCAACUCCCACUUCCUUGGACUGACUGGCUGACCGGGCAGAAUGUAUGUUUCCUUUUUUGAUUCCUAUAUACCGAAGGUCGAUUGAAAAAUAAUCACUUUCAAAUCAGUUAAGCUGGACAUGACUUCUAAAAUGUGUAAUACCUCUCCCUUUUUGUGUUUCUACAUUUUCUUAGCCAUGUAGUUUUGCUACUAUAUACACAUGUGCGGUGCAUGCGCAUUUCUCUCAACACGUUCUUGUUCGCCAA